AUGUAUGAAGAUGAUAAUGAAUACAAUUCUACAUGUAUAUCGUAUCCACAUCCAGAUUUCUCUACUGGACUUAUUGUUGGAGCAGUACUUGGGGGAGCAGUAUUUGGAUCAGUCAUAACAAUGAUUGUGUUUCUCUGCUUCUUUCGCGCAUUUCGUUUCCUCAAAAUCAGAAAUUCGGAUUACAAACCUCGAAGGGAUGAAAACCUUCAAGAAAUGGAACGGCCAGUGGAUAAUGAAACUGUCUACAAUGAAAUCAACGAUCAAGCAGUCAUCCGAAUUCAACCAAUGCGACGACCAGAGAGUGCACAUGUAUCCACAAGAGAAGAAACGUACAGCCAUUUGCAUGAAUUGGACAAGGAGGGUAUGAAUGAAUCCUAUGAUCACGCAAGACCAGUGCGAUGUGCCUGUGUCAGAGAGGACGGAUAUGGAGUCUUGCCAAGAGUUGGUAACAACAACAGAGAAGUCCAGACAACUUCUACCGAUGAUGUGCCAAGUAAAAUACAGAACGACAAUUACUUUAUCAUUGAACCACAAUGACAAUAGAACAGCGUUUUGAAAUAAAAAGAAAAUACGAUUAUUUUGCAAAAGGAACAUAUCGAGGGAAAAUUGUGUCUUAAAUAUUUCAGUUUUCAGAGUGCAAAUAAAACAAAAUUCAAUAAGAUAAUUAUUUGUCAACUCUGAUAUAAUUGUAAAGAACAUUUAAAGAAUAUUUACAUAAAUAGUAUC